CUUUCUUCUCCGUUCCAUCGCCUCCUCCCACUUCUCUCUGCCGCCCCCCACACCCCAGCCGCGCCAUUGCCCACUGCAUUGCAGACUGUAAGCCGGGAAUCCACUUGGAUUGCAUCGAUCCAUCGGAAGGCGCCAGAUGAACACCCGGCUGUCGGCAGAGUACCAGGGCCUGGAGGUGAAGGUGCCCAGCCUCUUCCGGUGCCCCAUCUCGCUGGACGUGAUGCGCUCGCCCGUGAGCCUCUGCACCGGCGUCACCUACGAGCGCGCCUCCAUCCAGCGCUGGCUCGACUCCGGAAACACCACGUGCCCGGCCACCAUGCUCUCGCUCCCCUCCACCGACCUCGUCCCCAACCUCACCCUGCGCCGCCUCAUCGCGCUCUGGGCGUCCACGGCCGCGCCCUCCUCUCCCUCCUCCUCCUCAUCGCCCGCCGUCGGCCCCACGCCGGCCGCCGCGGCGGCCGAGCUCCUCCGCCGGGUCGCUGACCCCGCCGCGGACCCCUGCCCCCCGCUCCGGAAGCUCGCGGCUUUCCUCUCCGACGACGACGUGGACGAGUUCGACAAGAACGCGCUGGCUCGGGCCGGCGGGGCCGCCGAGACCGUGGCGUCCGUGCUGCGGCGAGCGGGCAGGGAGCCCGCGGAGGCCGCCGUGCGGGUGCUCGCGGCCAUCGCGGCGUCCGACUGCAUCGAGGAGGAGAGCAAGAGGCGCGUGGCCGCGGCGCUGGCCGCCGACGCGCCGUCCACGGCUGCGGCCCUGGCGCGCGUGCUGCGGAGCGCCACCUCGCUCGAGGCGCGUGUGGACGCGGCGAGGCUGGUGGAGUCGCUGCUCCGCAAUGCGGCGCCGGGCGCGCGGGCGACGGUGGCGGACUCCGAGGAGCUGCUCGGCGAGCUCAUCCGCCUCGUGGGCCCCGCGGACGACAAGGGCGGCCUCGACAGGCAGGCCGUGGCGGCGGGGCUGUCGUGCCUGGCGGCCAUCGCGGCGACGCGGCGGGCCCGCGCCGAGAUGGUCCGCCUGGGCGCCGUGCCCGCCGCGGUGCGCAUCCUGGAGGCCGACGCCGGUUCCCCGAGCCAGGCGCUCCGCGUGCUGGAGGCGGCGGUCGGGUGCGCCGAGGGCCGCGCCGCGGUUUGCGAGUCCGCGGGGUCGGCGGUGCCCGUGGUGGUGUCCAAGAUGAUGAAGGGCGGGAUGGCCGGCGCGGAGGCGGCGGUGUCGGUGCUGUGGGCGGUGUGCCACCGGUACCGUGACCGGCGCGCGGUGGCGGCGGCGGCGGCGUGCGAGAGCGGGCUCACCAAGCUGCUGCUGCUCAUGCAGAGCGGCUGCUCGCCGGCGGUGCGGCAGAUGACGUCGGAGCUGCUCAAGAUCUUCAGGGUCAACGGCAAGAGCUGCGUCGCAGGGUACGACUCCAAGACCAGCCACAUCAUGCCCUUCUGAUCCUCACUGCUAUCGGUGAUACAACAGUGGAACCAGCAUUUGUCUGUUACCCUUUUCCAGUUUCGAAUUUUUUUUGAUUCGUUGGAAGUGCAUACAGUAGGGAAAAAAAAAAGAAAGAAUGAGUUCUCUUGUAGCAACACAAAACUUGUAUAUGAGUAGAGGAUUUUGGUAGAAAGAAAUCAAUGGAUGAAACAAAUUCAGCUUCUCUGUUGGCCAAA